GCAUUAUGCCGCUACUGAGAUCGGGAGUCGUGGUGUCACUGCUGCAACAUUGUUAGAAGAGUAAUAUACAAUACCAGGACACAUAUUUUUAAGCUACUUGACUUCGUUUUGCCUUACUUUUGUUUAUCAAAUCUCUCCGUGCAGUCAUGAAGAAUAUUUCCUUUUACAUCAAUGACACACAAAGAUUGCCCAUGAACCUCAGGGACAGGAUUCUCGGAUUGAUGACCAAGAGGGGUCUUUUAACUGAUGACAAUAUUGGAAAGGUCCUUCAUCCCAAUGUAAAAAGCAUUGAUCUAAGUGGGUGUGAUGUCGGUGAUGUGGGUCUCAAGAAGCUGUGUGUCUGUCGCCAGCUGCGAAAAGUAGAUCUGAAUGCCCUGAAGGAACCAAGGACAAAUAUAACAGCUGAAGGGAUAAUCCCAGUUAGCCAAUCCUGUCGCAAUUUGGAGGUUGUGUAUCUUCGACGAUGUCCAUCUAUCACCGAUGAGGCAGUUAUAGCAUUGGCACAGAAUUGUCCACGUCUGCGAAAUUUGAACAUUGGUGGAUGUCCAUCAAUCACUGACAGAUCUCUGGAGGCGCUUGGAACAAAUUUGUCACAUCUGAGGAGUAUAAAUCUCUCAUCCGCCGAUAUUUCAGACAAUGGUGUGUUCCGUCUCGUUUCUGGUAGCUGUAAAUCAACAUUAAUGGAGAUUCACAUCAGUAAUUGUCGUAACAUCACUGAUGAAGCUGUGGAGGCUGUCACAGUGAACUGUCCUCAAAUCAAGAUUCUUCUCUUCCAUGGAUGUCCAAAUGUUACAGAUCAGUCAAGGAUUGCCCUGGAGGAACUGACAAUGGGGAGUCAAGCUGUGAAACAAGUCACGUGGACUGUCUAUUAAUGACACCUUCUUUCUUAAAUGACUCACAUAGUUCUGAUUGGUUGUUGUUGGGACUGAUAUCGAACUGGAGGUGUUGGGUGGAGCUAAAAUGUAGGCCAAACUGAGGCGGUGGCCAAGGUUUUGGGCAAAAUGACAGGUCCACACGCGGGUCCACUCUUCUCAGUGUUUUGUCUGGUACCCAUUUUCAUGAUGUUAGUGUUUCUAUUUGCGAUGUUUUGCAUCAGGGAAACACCAUGCCUAUUCUAUUAGGGCUGAAGUAAGCGGCCUUCCUGACCAUUGUCGGCCUAAAACUGAUAAAGAAUAGAAUCAGCAUUGUUAUCCAGUGUUCUGCAGGGGCUGCGCAGGCCUUGACAUGGCCUCUGUAGAGAAAGACUGAAACAGUAUGACCUUGCUUUGUUCUAUUGUGAGUGGUGGGAAGGGGGGGGGUAGUUGUCUAAAACCUUGUAGGAUAAGCAUGAGGUUUUUCCGAUGAAAGAGGGGAUACUGUUACUGUUGAUAUCUUUCUGAUCCGUCCAUUAAAUAAACUUCAAUAAGUGAAUCCUCUUA